GGCUCCUCUGAACUUAAAAAAAAAAAAAAGUGUGUAUUCUCCUUUAAGGGGCUGGACAUCACUCCCGCCCUCUCCUGAGACGACUGAAGUUUCUGGAGAACCUACUCCGACUAGGCAGGACGUACCUUUUCUAAGACCCCCCCAAAUUGUGCUCAUGCACCUCAAAUGCUCCUGUUCCUUGGGUCCUCCCUCCUGACCCCAACUUUUUCUUAACUACAAGAUUCAGCCUCUCUCCAGAAGGACUGAGCAUCCUUGAGGUUUUCCAUCCUUAACCGCUCCAUCCCGGAUGGAGUCAGAGAGAUGUGGUGGGGGGGUCGGGGCCAGAGUUUCAACAUUGCCCCCCAGAAGGAGGAACCAGAGAUGGGGCAGUCCAGGAUGCCGGAGCCCAGGAAGCUUGGCAGCUUGGCAUCCAGCUUGGCUUCGGGAUGCCUGCCAGGGGAGCAGAUCCUAGCAUGGGCCCCUGGGCUGAGGAAAGGGCUAGAACCUGAGUUGCCUGGAAUCCUGAUCUGUACCAACUUUAGGGUUACCUUCCAGCCUUGUGGAUGGCAACGGAGUCAGGAGACACCCCUGAGCAGUGAAUAUGACUUUUCUUUGGUCAACAUUGAGCGACUAGAAGCUGUGAGUGGCUUAUCCCGAGUUCAGCUCCAUCCAGGUUCUCAGCUUAAAUUCAUCCCUGCGGAGAUUCUAAUUCAUGGGCGAGACUUCCGGCUGCUCAGAAUUGGUUUUGAGGCUGGAGGACUAGAGCCUCAGGCUUUUCAGGUAACCAUGGCUAUUGUCCAAGCCAGAGCCCAGAGCAGUGAGACCCAGCAGUAUGGAGGGAUUGCGCUGAGCAAGGCUGUUCUGGAACAGGGUUCUGAUUUCAGAAAACCUCCUAUUCCUCUCUUGGAAACAUUAGAAGACUGGGAGAUGGAGCUGAAGAAGCAGGGUGCCAGGGGCUGGAGGGUGAGCACCGUCAACGAGAGGUUCGAUGUAGCUACCAGCCUCCCCCGGUACUUCUGGGUCCCUAGCCGGAUUCUAGACAGUGAGGUCAAGAGCGCAUUUGGCCACUUCCGUCAGGGCCGUGGACCGCGCCUAUCCUGGCAUCACCCAGGAGGCAGUGACCUUGUCCGCUGUGGAGGUUUCUAUACAGCCAGCGACCCUAACAAAGAGGACAUCAGAGCAGUGGAGUCGAUGCUCCAGGCGGGGCAUUCCGAUGUUGUCCUGGUAGACACGAUGGAUGAACUGCCUGGGCUGGCAGAUAUCCAGCUUGCCCACUUGAAGCUGAGGGCCCUCUGCCUGCCUGACUCAUCUGUUGCUGAGGAUAAAUGGCUGUCAGCGUUGGAAGGAACACGAUGGUUAGAUUAUGUCAGGGCUUGUCUUCGAAAGGCCAGUGACAUCUCUGUUUUAGUGACAUCCAGGGUUCGUUCUGUAGUACUUCAAGCUUCUUGGACCCCCCCCCCCUUUGUCCCUUCUUUGUCUCUUCUUUAUCACCCAGAGCGUGGUGAUCGUGAUCUCAACGGCCUCCUCUCUUCACUCGUCCAGCUGCUUCUGGCCCCUGAAGCCCGAACACUAUUUGGCUUCCAAUCAGUAGUGCAGCGAGAGUGGGUGGCAGCUGGUCACCCCUUCCUGACCCGGUUUGGGGGAACUGGGGCCAGUGAAGAGGCCCCAGUGUUUCUCCUCUUCCUUGACUGUGUGUGGCAGCUUCUCCAGCAGUUUCCAGCUGAGUUUGAAUUCUCUGAGUUUUUUCUUCUUGCUCUGCAUGACAGUGUCAGGGUUCCUGACACUCUUACUUUCCUGAGAAAUACUCCCUGGGAGCGUGGAAAGCAGAGUGGACAGUUUAACUCCUAUACACAAGUUUACACCUCAGGAAACUCUCAGCCCCAAGAUGGGAACUCUAUAAAUGUACAGCUGUCUGUCUGGGACUGGGAUUUACGCUACAGCAAUGAACAGAUAUUACAGUUCCAUAAUCCUGGCUAUGACCCGGAGCACUGCCCAGAAUCCUGGUUCCCCAGACAGCAGCCAAACUUCAUAGUUCCUGGACCUCCAAGUUCUAUGUGGCUCUUCUCUAGAGGGGCCCUGACCCCCCUGAAUCAGCUUUGUCCUUGGCGAGACAGUCCUUCUCUUCUGGCAGUCUCUUCUCGUUGGCUCUCUCGACCUGCUACCCCCUCGGAAAGCCUGGCUGACCAGGAGUGGGGGCUCCCCUCACAUUGGGGAGCUUGCCCUUUACCUCCAGGGCUAUUGCUACCUGGAUAUUUGGGACCCCAGAUCAGGCUUUGGAAACGCUGCUACCUGAGGGGAAGGCCUGAGGUCCAGAUGGGCCUGUCGGCUCUUACCAUCUCUGGCCUCCAGGAGGAACUGACCUGUCUUCAGGAGCUAUUAAGAAAAUGGACACCAAGAGUAUUUCCCCAGGAUCAUUGCAAGAAAAGAGAUCCAAAUACCAUUCUCUCCCAGACCCAAUAAAAUCACUGGCAUUCUCAAAGGCCUGGCAAGGGGGCAUCAUGGGUGAGAGAGGGCUUUGUUUAAUCCUUAAGUUUUUCUAUCUGGCCUUGCUGCCUUAGCUGUUCACAUACCAGCCUCUUAAAGAAGC